UUGUUGGUACUACUGCAUUCAGUUUGGUUUGCUUCAGUUUAGUUUUCAUUGAGUGUUUCAUUUAUAGUGGGUUGAAGUGAUAUUAAAUCGUAGUUCGUUAUAAGAUUUUUUUAUUGUGAAUAAAUAUAGUCAUGGAUUUGCUGGGCUCAAUAAUGAAUUCUAUGGACAAACCGCCGACGCCAAGUGAAAAAGAACGACUUGUUAUGAAGAAAAGAAAGGAGGAGUUUGAGAAGCGCAAAACCAUAGAGAAGGGAAAGUUUGAGAAAUUCAAAACAGAUAUUGAGGAAAAGUUUAAAGUCUACUUUAAAGAUCCCAAAAAUGCAUAUUUAAAAUUUCAUCCUAUGGACAAUAUCUACAGAAGUAUAGUGCAUGAAGUAGCUGAAACUAUGGGAUUAAUAUCAUAUGCAUUUGGAACUGAUGGAGUUGAUAGAUAUAUCAGGGUAUAUAGAAGAGACAUGCCACCAUGUGAGGAUGAAUUGGCUGCAAGACGCAGAGGAGACCCAUGGAGCGAACAAAUAAAACAAGAACUGAUUGAAAAGAGAAAGAAUGAUAAAAUCGAGGAAGAGGAAUAUUUGAAACGUAAACCAGAGAAGUUUGUACCCAAUUCAAAUUACAAAGAUAAAUAUGCUCAUUUGAUUGGACAAGAUGCAGCUUUAGAAGCUGCCAAGAAAACAGAAACAAACAAAACUUAUGGAUUUGUUCCAAGUGAAAAUAAAAAAGAUCAACGCUCUAUAGAACAAACUAUGGCUGAUAUUAGGGCUAAAAAACGUUUGAAGACAUCACAUACAAGUACUGAUGCCAGUAAUGAUUAACUUAAAUGUUAUCUAA